UAAUAACUCGCGUGUUAGCUCAAAAUGUUUUAAUAUAUUUAGUACCUAAUACUAAUAUUGUUCUGUGCUAAUACCUAUUCUAUUAAACAAUAAUAUAGUUACUAAUUACGGUGGUUACCUACGCCGUUAGCCGUACUGUUCGUGUGUUGGUAGCAAGUGGUAGAGAGAGCGAUACCGACUGAUUAAAUGAUAACAUAAACAUUAAUAACAACAAGUAUUACGAUAGCAUAACAAUAAACAACAAUAACAACAAUAACAACGACGACGAAGAUCAUAGACCACUGACCAGUGGUAUACUAGUGUCCAAACGGUUCAUCGGUAUUCUGCGUCUGCAGGAGUCGUCCAUCGCGAGAUGAAGAACGUAUUUUUUAUCACCGUCGUCGGAUCACUGUUGGCGUUUGCAUACGUAAGUUACGCCUGCAAUGAAGCUGUGUGCGCGUCGAUCGUCUCCAAGUGCAUGAUUACACAGUCGUGCAAGUGCGACUUGGUAAAUUGUUCAUGCUGCAAAGAAUGUUUCAGUUGCCUCAAUAAUCUGUACAGUGAAUGCUGCUCGUGCGUGGACAUGUGUCCAAAACCAAAUGUUACUACUAAUGAAUUAAGCAGAAAAAGCCACGUUGAAGAUCUGUCAGACUCAGUUGUGACUUUAUUUACUGCUCUUGUUUCUGAACCAGAUCUACAACAACGAUGGGAAUCACUAACAUAUCCUAUCGAUUUGGAUAUUGAAAUGUUCAAACCGGAUUUUCAAAAAGAAUUCAAGAUGUUACAAAAAAACUCUGCUCAAGAUGUAUCUUCUAUGAAGAUUACUCUGAAUUGUUCUGUGGUAUUCAUGAGUCAAUGUUUGUCUUGGAACAAAUGUAAGGCAUCAUGUAUAUCAAUGGGUGCCAAAAGCUACCGAUGGUUCCAUGAUGGAUGUUGUGAAUGUGUUGGUGAACUCUGUUUGAAUUAUGGAUUAAACCAAAGCCGGUGUAAACACUGUCCAUUAAAAGGAGCUGUUGUACCAACAAUCAGUGAAGCUGAUUAUGGUGAUGAUGAAGAUGACGAUGAAGAAAUGAUACAAUAAAACUAUCAUAUCAAUAAAUUCCUACUCUGUACUUUUAUAAAUAUUAUAACUUAACUCCUUAGAUGAGAAAAAUUUUUCUUUCACUAAUGAAUGCUUUUAUUGGUAGUGUUAUAUUUUUGUGGAUCUGACUAUCAAAUGAUUGAUCAAUUAUCUUAUUUUGAUUUUAGUGUAAACUAAUAAAUUUAUUUUUAGUUAAUUGUAUAAUUCAUAAUAUUGAACAAUUCCAUUAUAUCCAUUAAGGUGUACACUAAUUUAUUAAUAAUCAAAAACUUAAUAAGUUUAGUAUGUCUUUUUAAUGCAUAAAACUCAAUUUUUAAUAUUUUAAAUUUAAAAAAUAUACAGAUUAGUAACUAAUUCACCACAAUUUUGUAUACAAUCUCAUUUUUUUAGUUAAUUUUUAAGUUUUUAUAAUUGUUUUGCCAUACUUAAUUUUUAUAAUAAUUUCAUAUUUUUAAGCAGACGUUUUUAUAUAUAUAUAUGCUCUUGUUCAGAUACGUAUAGAAGUAAAUUCCGCAAAAUUUUAAUGCACAACUUUGCACUCCUAAAAUUAAAAAAAAUACAAUUUAUUUUUAAAUUAUAAAAAUAAAAUUUCAAUAGGAUUAAUUAUUAUUGUGCAUUAAAAUAAUGACUCAAUUUGCUUCUAUAUCUAUUUAAAAAUAAUGUGUAAUAUUAUUAUUUCUAAGUUAUGUUGUAAAAUUGAUGAUUAUGAUUUUUUAUAUUAAUUGUUAAGUACCAUAUUAUUAUGUAAAAAAAACAAAAAUUUGUAGGGUUAAUGAUUGUUGUGCAUUAAUAUAACGGCCAAAUAUGCUUCUAUAUUUAUUUUAAAAUAAUGUGUAAUAUUAUUAUUUUUUAAGUUAUGUUGUAAAAUUAGUGAUUAUAAAUUAUAUUAAUUGUUAAGUACCAUCCUAUAAUAUGGAUGAGUUGAGGUAGUUAUUCUCAAGUAUCAGAAUAUAAUACUGUGGUGCAUAUUCUAGUUAAUUUUUAUAGAUAUAGAAUUGUAAAUGUUAAUUAUUUUGUUGGCAUGUAUGUUAUAUUCUUAUGUGCUUAUUAGUUAUUACUAUUACAGUACAAGAAAUUUCAUACAUUAAAAAACGCAUUAAAUUUAAAAUUUUAUAUUUUUUUAUUUUGUUAAUUUUAAUUAUUGUUAAAAAACUUAAGUACUUAUUCAUUUUGUAUACUCACUUAAUAUUUAUACAAUAAUCAAUGUUGGAAUUAUUAGAUAAAAUUAUUAUUUAUUGAUUUUUAAUUGAAAAUAAAGUGUCUUUCUUAACAAACAAA